UGAACAAAUCAGUCGUUUAAUCUUCGUUUCAUGAAGUAUUUUUCCGACGAUCGCGGUAGUGUGGCACUCAGUCGCUGAGUUAUUUUGGACGCUGCCACAUCUCUCGCGGGUUCGAGGGCGCUCUUCAACGACGCGUCGUACACACGAAAAUUAAUUUGAACUUAACCGUUAAUACACAAUACCCACAAGAAUGGCUACUGAGAAAACGUACAGUUCCGAAGAGAUUUUCUCCUUAGAGGAUAAAUACGGAUGUCGUAAUUACGCGCCCCUGCCCGUCGCAUUAUGCCGUGGCGAAGGUGUAUUUGUUUGGGAUGUAGAAGGAAAGAAGUACUAUGACUUUCUAAGUGCGUAUUCGGCUGUCAACCAGGGUCACUGUCACCCAAGGAUUGUGGAAGCGCUUAAGAGACAGGCUGAAAAACUCACUCUCGUCUCUAGGGCUUUUUAUUCCGAUCAGCUGGGUAAAUAUGAGAAGUAUAUGACAGAGUUAUUUGGAUUCGAGCGUCUGCUACCGAUGAACACUGGCGUGGAGGGUGGUGAAAGUGCGUGUAAAAUUGCACGCAAGUGGGGCUACGAGGUCAAGAAGAUACCAGAGGGACAGGCCAAGAUUAUUUUCGCGGAGGGUAAUUUCUGGGGGCGCACGCUAUCUGCAGUGUCUGCUUCGUCAGAUCCGUCUUGCUAUCAAGGCUUCGGACCUUACAUGCCAGGAUUCAAACUCAUUCCUUAUAACAACAUUCCAGUUUUAGAGAAAGAACUACAAGAUCCGACCGUAGCUGCGUUCAUGGUAGAACCCAUUCAAGGCGAGGCUGGAGUUAUAGUUCCAGACAAAGGGUACCUGAGGAAGGUUCGAGAGUUGUGUACAAAGUACAAUGUCCUCUGGAUUGAUGAUGAAGUGCAGACUGGUCUUGGUCGUACCGGCAAAUUGUCGGCCGUCGACCAUGAAGGAGUUAAACCCGACAUCAUGAUCCUGGGCAAAGCGCUCAGCGGUGGCACGAUACCGGUGUCAGCUGUACUAACUAACAGCAGUGUAAUGAAUGUAAUAAAGCCGGGGACACAUGGUUCCACGUACGGGGGCAAUCCUUUGGCAUGUGCUGUAGCUAUAGAAGCUAUUAAGGUAUUGCUGGACGAGAAGAUGUGUGAGAAGGCGGCCGCUUUAGAGAGUGUACUCCGCGAGGAACUGGAGAAGAUCCCAAAGAAGUACAUCACCGAUAUCCGCGGGAGAGGAUUAAUGUUUGCCAUUGACGUCGCCGAAGGAGUGUCAGCGUACGAGGUGUGCCUGCGGCUGCGCGAUGCCGGAUUACUCACCAAGACGACACACGGUCAGACCAUUCGGCUGGCGCCGCCGCUCGUCAUCACCGAACAGCAGAUCCGUCACGGAGCCGCCCUCAUCCGCCAGGUGUUCGAGAGUUUCAACAAAUAAACCAUUCUCAACCUUAUUAUUAUAAACACAUAAAGUUGUUAUUGCGAUUCUGGUUGUCGGGCGGCGAGUGGAUUUGUUCCAGCUCCCGAUCAGCUAUUCAACAGAAUCCGCACACUUACCCAUAUUUUUAUUGUAUAUAUUGUUUAAAUUUAUAUUAAAGGUGAAAAGGAUAUUUUGUUCGCGGAUUUUUUAUUUAUAUAUAAUUUAAUUAUAUUUUAUAGACAUUAGUCCGCGGACAAAAGUCCCUCAUCUAAACAGGUCUUUACUGUGAUCUAUUAUUAUAUCUACUUAAUAAUAUGUAUUAAUAAUAUUAUUUUAUAGUGGAAUAAUUUUUUAAUGUUAAAAUGCGAUAUAAAUAAGAAUAGGAAAGUCAAUGACCCAGACCUUGACCUGUCACCUGUCACUUGAAAAGGACGGUUGGCAAAGACUACAACAUGAGUCAUCCAUAGACAAAUAUAAAAAAAAAAAAGUGUCUUAGUCAAUCUAAAUAACUGUUUUAUUUCGAAUAGUAAGUGAUUACUAUUCUUAUUUUAUCCUAUUAUGUUGGUAUAUACAUAUUAUAAUAUUUAUUUUUAUGACUGUCAUAAUAAUAAAAAGGAAAAUAAACAUUCUGUGCAAUAAUA